UUCCAAGGAUAUGCCUCCAGUCCGCGAAUUGCAGCCAAGCGUUGUUAAUCUUUGAUGACUAUAAAUACAAACAAAAACAAAAGCAUUAAAACGUAGUAAAUUAUUUUCGCCAAACUGAUUUUCGAUUCAGCUUUGAUUGUGUAAUCUUUUUGAAAGUCAGACGUAAAGCAGCCAUGUCGUACAAGUGGAAUCACAAUUUUCCUAAGAUUGCCCGCGAAGCUGGAUUCGUUAUUCGGGAUUUGUCCAUCGGUCAUUGCAUCGACUGGAGAUACAUAGCUUCAUUAGAUCCACAUCUUAUAUCGAGUGAAAAGGAUUACGAAAAGUUGGACGAUUUUAUUCCACACAUUGCCCAAGUCUCGAUUGGCACCCUGCUAACUAAUCGAAUCCUAGAUCCAGCGAUCGGAAAGUAUUUCAUUCUGGCUCAAUUCAGUAUCCAAUAUUUGCUGUUCUGUAAGCAAUUUUUAGAUGAAACGGUUGUUGAAAUAAGAAACACAGCCCAGGAUGCCCAAAAAGAGCAUUCCCGCCUGGAAAAGAUAUGUCGAAGGAAAAAUGAAGAACUUAUUGUGCUUAACCGGAAGCUCCAAAAAGCAGAAUCCUUACAAGCUCAAACUACUGUCUUCCCUUGUUCUAAAUGUACCAAAAAUUUUAUAAGCUCCGAACUUUUGAACGCACACGUGGUUAGGAAACAUCAAGACCAUUUCGUGAUGACUAACUCAACGGCAUCGAUAGGCGGAAGUGAACUACCAGCACAAACUAGAAAACUCUCCGAAACUGAUGCCAAUUUGAUUAACACAAUCAAGUUGGAACUUGAAGUCAAACAACUGAAGGAACGCCUAAAUGCGGCCGAAAAGGAUCUGAUGGAGCAACGAAACCGUGAUCAUCGAUGCCAUCAGUGCUACAAUGGCCAAAACAUUCAACCAAAGUCUAAAAAGCCGCCAAUCGAAGAAGUAAUAUUUCACAGCAUAGCGAUCCAAAGUAAUCUAGAGGACGUGAAAGACAUCAACGAAAAGGAGGUCCAAACAAGCGCCAAACCCGAAACGCCGCCACCGAACCGUUUGUCUCCGAUUCCCGUUCGACUGACGCCAUCGCCAAAUCGACGGAAACGUUCUCCGCUACUUUCGUCUCCCAGUCCCCAACCGGAUCUGGUGUCCAAGGAUGAGGUGGAGGCAAUCGUUCGGGAACAGUUCGAGAGCUGGAAGGCGAUCGAGCGGGAUAAAUUUAAUCGGGAAAUUGAACAGGUUCGACAGAAUUUGGCUGCAACCAUCCAGGAGCUGGAGAAGCGGGAGAGUUCUGCCGAGGCUGUGGUGCCGCCGGUUGCGCAGGCUCCGGUCGUCACAGAUCGCGAAAGCGAAAACAUCUGGAAGCUGCGGUACCACGAGCUGGAGCAGAUGUACGAAAACAGCCAGCGGCAGGUGAAGGAAACGGUCGAGAGCAUCGAAUCGGUGUACGAGGAAAAGUUUAAGCAGUUUGAACGUAAGUUGGCCCAACAAGAAGCCGUCGCCAAGCGGGAACGGGACCAAACGGCCCAAGCUGUGGAACGAAUACUGAUCGAAAAUAAAACGAGUCAAAAUGUGGGGCACAGCACGACGAAGAAUGUAGAACCGAUUCGGAAAACACCUAUUGUACAAAUCCAGCCAGAUCACGACGAUUCAGAUGAGGGAAGUCAUGUAGAAUCACAAAGAGAAUCUUCCCCUUCGGAACAUUCGGAAAGUGAUGACGAAAUUCGGGCUUUGGAAAAGACCAAGGCUAAGUACUUGGUGACAGAGGCUAAAGAUAAACUUCCAAAGGUGGAAAAGCUACCUAUUAGUGAGGUUUCCAUAGAAAAACCUGUUAUUCUACCAAAGCAGCAAAUAUUGAAUACGUUUAAGAGUCGAUUGAAAUCUUUAGGAAUCGAUUCCAAAACCAAAAGCCUUCCUAAGGAAGAAUUUAAUGCUGCUGCAGAAGCUUUGGCUGGUCGUAGAGAUGCAAAUAGAAAGAAGAACAGAAAUUUCUUCUUAACUAGAAACCAAAUUCUGGCUAAAGUUGAUCGAAUUGCCAAAACUAAAAUGGGUGAAUCGGUUAAAAAUAAACCUGACCAGAAACGAACUACCGAAAAUGCUCCCAUUAUUAAAAGCAAAGAUUCAGCUGCGUUGCAACCGGUACCAAAAUUACGAACCACAUUUCAAGUGACUGAGCAAAAAUCGCCCAUCGAAAUUUUACCUUCAAAAACCAAAAUAAGCACCGCUCCAAAGCCCAGACAAACAACUACCAAUAUUUUCAAAACGAAAUCAGCAGCUUCGUUCCAGGAACUUAGAGAAACCAAUGACGACAUCAUUACAGUUCAGGCAGAAAUCAACCCAAAAGCAGAAAUUCUUGAGCGAUCUGCAAAUGUGCCCCGCAAAGCAUCGCCACAACCAACUCGAACCGAUUACGAAAACCAUUUGGAUCGACUGUUAGAAACGCCCGUCAAACGUAUUACACCCCCGCCGGAUAUAAUAGAAGUGGCCACAAGCGACGACCAAAAACGCAACGAUUCCGACCUAAGUGACAUUUUAGAUACCGUUCCCUUAAAACCGAAACCGAUACCCAAGAAAAGGGUCUUGUUCGAUUUGGAUCGCGGUGCUGGCUCGAAUGCAGACCAGCUAGGAAAUAAAUCUAGCGCGAUCAAGGAAGUAACGCCGAUUCUUUCUACCCCCACAGAAGCGCACAGCCUACGAGCCGACGAAGAGUCCGAUUGGAACAUUAGCAGUUUCGAUGAGGACAAAUAGAUGCAAGGAUCUUCCACUGUUUAUGUAGAUUUCAAAAAGUAGCAAAGUCAAACAUUUUAAAUUCCUUGUAGAUCACAAAACUUUUACUAAUCAAUAUUUAACUUUUUCCUAAUAGGGCGAUUUACUUACUUAUUUAUACUAAAGAACAUUUUUAUGCUAAGCUGGAGUGUUCGGUACGUUCUAGCUUUUUUCAAAAUGGAACCCAUUAGAUGCAAAUAAAUAUAAAUA